AUGGUUCUGGCAGGGAAGGACCUGGUGUCAAUUUUCACCGCUACGAAUAUACUCUUGGCAUUAGGGGGGGCGUACAUCGCCCUCCUAUUUGCUUAUCAGGUUGUGUACUAUCGCGUUUUUCAUCCCUUGUCGGUAUUCCCGGGCCCAUUCUGGGGCAGCGUAACCAGGCUUUGGAUCGCAUGGCAUAAUUUACGAGAAACUGAAGUUUCCACGGUCCAUGCUUUAACCAAGAGAUACGGCCCCGUCGUACGAAUCACCCCGACACUCCUUCUCGUCAGCGACCCCACGAAGCUUCCCGACAUCUACCAUCGAAAUGCGGAUAAGACAGGUCACUAUAUUACCGGCUCCUUCGGUGAGACCGAAUCGUUGUUCAACAUCCGGUCGCACAAGACGCAUGCAGCCUUCCGCAAGCUCAUUGCGGGUCCUUACAGCUUCUCCAAUGUCAGGCACAUGGAACCAUUGAUUGACGGCCAGAUAGAAAGCUGGCUCAGCAAACUGGGUGAAUCGUUCGCCAGUACUGGUGCGAGUUUCGACUUUUCGUGGUGGGCAGUAUAUGUGGCAUACGAUGUAAUUAGUGAAAUCGGCUUCGGGGCGCCCUUCGGCUUCAUUGAACAGGGUAAGGAUGUUGGAGGUCUCAUUCAAGGGUUCCACGACGGUCUGCCUGCAUUCGGUCUGCUUGCGCGUCUGCACCCAUUCACCAGUUGGAUAAAGACCACCUUUCUGAAGAAAUACCUAGUCGCCAAACCGGAGGAUAACACUGGGAUCGGUGUGCUCAUGCGCUUUCGUGAUCGACUAAUCGACCAACGUUUACACGAGAUUGCCGAGGGGAAGGACGUUAACCGUGUUGACCUCUUGCAGACGUUCAUCGAUGCACGUACGGACGAUGGCAAGCCCCUCGACAUGGAGUAUCUGAAGGCAGAGGUUCUGCUUGUUCUGCUGGCAGGUGCGGAUACCACGGGGACCAUCUUCCAGUCCCUCGUCAACCACAUGCUCGUUAACCAGGAGGUCUACGAACGUAUGAUGGAGGAGAUUGAUGCUGCUAGCCGGAAGGGAGUCAUCUCCGACGCAAUUCCCCAGUACGACACUGUCCUAGGGCACCUCCCUUACUAUGUCGCCUGUGUCCGAGAAACGUUGCGAUUCAACCCGCCGGCGCCAAAUAUAUUCCCUCGCCAUGUUUCGGAACCGGGCAUUGAGCUGUUCGGUAAGUUUGCUCCAGCAGGGACAGAGGUGACGGGCAACCCGUGGAUCAUGCAUCGUGAUCCAGCGCUCUUUGGAGCAGAUGCAGAGGAGUUCCGUCCAGAAAGGUGGCUUGAUCCUGAGAACGCGAAACUUUACAAUAAAUACCUUUUCACUUUCGGAUAUGGCUCAAGAGUCUGUUUGGGUCGGGAUAUCGCCAUGGUAGAACUGUUCAAGGGUCCACUACAGUUCUUCCGUCGCUACACACCACGAGUCGCGGCUGGCAAGCCAUCUCCAAAGUUCGUAGUAAAAGGUGGGGUUGGCUUCUGGCGGGAUAUCUGGAUGACAAUUAGCAAGCGGCCGCUUGUGAAGUCACUAUGA